GAUCCAAGCAAGUGACCAGCUUUUGCAGUAAUUAGCGCAUGGCCGAUGUAAGCGACUGCUUGGUGUAAUGUGUAAUGGCUCCUGUGUUGAGUGCUCUGUGGGGUUCAGAGGUUGCAGGGUCAGAGGUCAGUAGUGACCUAGCCCUGGUGAGCACUCUGACUACAAUCUCUGCCCUCCUGCUGAUUGCGCUCCUGGUGGCGUUUUGCGCCAGCUGCCAAGGGCAAAAGAAAGCGUCACAGAUCCCUGGAGACCAUGAGAACCUGAUGAAUGGGGUGUCAGAAAAGGAAACAUGUAGCCAAUCAGCAGAUACGGUCAGUCACGGCACUGAUCUGGCAGCUAGUAGCUCCCACAAUGGGCCUCUUACAAGUGGUACAGUUCUCACAGACACCAUGGAUACGAGCCCGCACCCUUCAGAGGAGAUGCUGUCGAGCCACUCGGAGCAUCGCUCCUCCAAGUGCCCCCAGGACCGUGAGUUGCCCAGCAUUCCCUGUACCAGCACGCUGCCAGUAGCAAAUGACACCUCCGUUGCAUGUGGGACAUCCGGGGAAGACACAUACGAAGUGCUAAAGGACGGAGCCCCACCUGAUCCCAUUGUGGAAGACUCACCCUAUGAGACAGUAAAAGAUCUGAAACGUCCGGUCCUGUCCAAUGGCACAAUAAGCCCUGACGAGCCCAUGUCCACUCUGCCCAAUGGGCAUGCAAGCCCCAUCUUGGGCAAGCCUGACCCGUACCCGAUCGUCAACGGUGCAGAGUACGCCUCCAUCGACCUAAACAAGAAGAGCCGCUACAGCGCAGACGUGGAGGCCCGAUGCUUGGUUAUGGAGGAGGCUGAAGAUGAGAAUCCUCCACCUAUACCAGAUAAAGUACUUGAUGAGAACGACAACCAUAACAUCUCUGCACUGUCCAAUGGAGAGGUAUCAGCCGUGUACUCCAGAGUAGUGAAGCCACUGGUGGUGGAGAAAGAAAACGACUACAGCAGCAUCGGUGAGAUCAGGGGAGUGGUGGUAGAGUCAGGCUCCAGCGAGCUGUAUGCCACAGUGAGAGACAUGUACCCAUCACCCCCUGAGGAGCAGUCACCAGAGAACACAGACCCUGCGUACGAGACCAUCAAAAUUUCAAAGAGCGGUGAGGAAGAGGAGCAGCAGGGUAACGGGCACAAGGAGCCUGACUACGAAAGUGUCGGAGAGCUGGAUCUGAACAGAGAGACACACGCGGUUACAAUCAGUAUUUUCAUGGAGUUCAUGCUGAAAUGGGUUGCUCAUGUCAAUAUAAUCAACUUCUAUGGUACGUCUUACUAA